CUUCUCAAAGAUAGCACAUAUACCCGAUGCUAAAGUAUGACUCGGGUCGGGUAUCUGUACCCUGACCACGCGUGAGCUCCAACUUUCAAUACCCGCUCGGAUGGGAGACGAACAACAGCACGGAGCAGACCCGUUCAAUAUCCACAAUGCUCGGAAAAAAUCAAUGACUAUCAAUUGAGUAAGCAGAACGGCAAUCCGGCGUGAUCUGGUGCCUUAAGACAGUAGAAGUGAUAUCGGCUCAUUUUCCUGGCUUUCAUCACCCAUUUUCCGCUGUUUCUCACGCAUUUGUUACCGAGCAUAUUCCUUGACGCCAUGGUAUCUGCAUCUUCAUACCACGGACAACUGCUUAAGCCGUGGACACCUCCAGCACAAAAAGCCUAUAUCUUCACCAAUGUCAACCUAGUGGAUGUCGAGGCCGGCGUAAUUCACGAGAAUGCUACUGUCAAAUUGUCCGGAGGACGAAUCGAAAAGGUCGAGCUUCAACACAGCUCCAAGGGCAUGCUCAAAUCGUCCAAUCUUUCUGACGUUGCGACACGAGUCGAUCUUCGAGGAAAAUACCUCUGUCCGGGAUUGUUCGAUUGCCAUGUCCACAUCAUUGCAGUACCUGGCGAAAUACAAUGGCAAGAUACUAAAUCUCUGAACCCAACGACAUCAGCCUACAGACACGCGCAUGUUUGUAAGCAAAUGCUCGAUAGAGGCUUCACCACAGUAAGAGAUUGCGGCGGAGCGCAAUUGUCUCUCAAGCAAUCGAUCGAAGAUGGCCUUAUCCAGGGUCCUAGAUUGUUUAUCGCGGGCAAUUUCUUAAGCCAGACAGGCGGGCACGGAGAUACGCGAGGCUCUCAUGACCACUCAAACAUUGAAUGCUGCGGCGGCGGCUCAUCAAAUUUCCCAUCCUUUAUUUGCGACGGUGUACCAGAGUGCUUGCGCGCAACUCGCGAAAACAUUCGAACCGGAUCCGACUUUAUCAAAAUCAUGGGGGGAGGUGGUGUUUGCAGCCCGACAGACCGUAUCGACAAUGUUCAGUUCACAUCGGAAGAAAUCAGCGCCAUUACAACAGUCGCCAUAAACAGCCAGACGUAUGUGACUUCUCACGCGUAUACCCCGCAAUCCAUUCGGCAAGCGAUGGAGAACGGGGUAAUGGGUAUCGAGCAUGGUAACAUGAUUGAUAAGGAGACAGCAGAGUUGAUGGCCCAGAAGGGCGCAUAUCUCACCCCAACUCUGGUAACCUACACUGCGAUGGGCGAUGAAAAGUUUGCUGGAUACAUGCCAGCCGAGUCCAUGGAGAAAAAUUCGGAGGUAUACGUGGCAGGGCUGCGAGGUCUUAAAAUUGCUGCGGACGCUGGGGUAAACAUAUGCUACGGUUCUGAUCUUCUCGGACAUCUCGGCAUAAGCCAGCUCGAUGAGUUCACCAUCCGAAGUAAAGUGCUACCUCCUCUGGCAAUCUUACAAAGCGCGACCAUCACCCCCGCCAAGAUGAUGCGGCAGGAAAACUUUCUGGGGCAGAUCAAGCAAGGCUUCGCUGCGGAUUUGCUGAUUUUGAACGCAAAUCCUUUGGAAGACAUAUCGGUUUUGGCACAGCCGGAGAGAAAUCUCUUGGCUGUCAUUAAAGACGGUAGAGUGUGUACAAGUAGAUGGAGCUUGCUUGAUGAGGAUGCUCACGAGGUACGGCCGUUUAUAGAAUAAAGUUUAUCGGAUUCCUUAGAUCGAAUCUGAUGUCUUUGCCUGG